CUACUGUACCGAAACGUUGCGAUAAAUAUUGGGAAAUCGUUUGCUGAGUCAGAUGAGAUUAGGUCAUCAAAAACAAAACAAGGGAAAUUUUUUAGAUAUUUAUUAAGUAUAAGGAAGAACAAGUUAUUACCUCUUAAUAUGAGUGGACAAGGUGAACAGUCACAGGAUGUGGUAGAUGCGAAACCCAGUGAUAAUACUGAUGCCAAACCCAGUAGAGGGGCCAGUGCAGGGAAAUUUCCCGUCACAACUGGUGAUGGGGAGCCGAUUAUGUCAGCAGAGGAGUUCUUUGCUGAUGAGUACAAGAUGGAUUAUCCACAGAGAGGGAGGGCGAUAAUCAUAAACAACAGGGAAUUUGACCGUGGUCUUGGACUAGGGGAGAGAACGGGCACAGACCAGGAUGCUUCUUCAUUGCAGAUGAGAUUUAUGGACAUGGGUUUCGAGGUUGAUUUAUACAACAAUCUAGUUGCUGGAGAAAUGCAGAAAGUUCUUGUUAAAGCUGCUGCUGAUGAUAACUAUAAUCGUAUAUCAGACUGUUUUGCUUGUGCUAUACUAAGUCAUGGAGAAGAGGGAGUAGUGUUUGGGACUGAUGCUAAAAUCGAGGUCAAACAACUUCUGGAACCUUUUAAGGGCAAUAACUGCAAAGGCCUUUUAGGAAAACCCAAAUUAUUUUUUAUUCAGGCUUGUCAAGGAAUGCAGUUUGACUCUGGUGUAAAUGUUAAUGCAGUAGAUGCCAAAGGUCAAAUGGAGUUGGAGAGGCAAAUAACAGUUCACAAGAUUCCAUCCGAAGCCGACUUUCUAAUUGCUUACUCUGUUGUUCCAGGGUUUUACUCAUGGAGAAAUAGUGCAAAUGGCUCCUGGUUUGUUCAGGCAUUGUCCGAUGUUCUUGCCAAGAACUGGCGUGACAUGGAUCUCCUUACCAUCAUGACACGGGUCAACAAGAAAGUCGCCUACGAGUUCGAGUCAAAGACAGGCAAAGAUUUCAUGAACCAGAAGAAACAAAUUCCAUGUAUUACAUCUAUGCUGACUAAAGAAGUAAUAUUCAAACCUAAGAAAUAAACUGUGAUAAUUUGAAUGUUUAGAGUCACGAUAAAUGGAAUGGUCCAUCGUACCUUGUAUUUUGUAAGCUUGAGAUAGUCUUACUAUGACACUAUUAUGAUUUUAAAUAGACUCUUUCAAUUAAUAAAAACAUGAUUUUAUAAAUUAGCUCGUUAUAAUUUUUUUCCAUGGAAGUCUUCAAUUUCUUUUCAAUUUACUUAUGUCAUUCUAUAAUAUUGUUUAUAAAUUCAAAAACCCUUACCUCAUUUUAUAAAAGUACUUGGGAGAUUUAGUUAUGUCACAUAGAACAUAAUAUCAUGUAUUUCUGGCAGCUGCGGAACUCUGUUGAUGAUCAUAAUUAUGUAAAUGUUAAGCAUGAAAACUUUAGCAGUUACUAUAUAACUAUAAUCAGUGUUAAGCCAGGUCGAGAAUAUUGUAUAUGUCAAUUUUUAUGAAACAUGUAAAUAUGUGCAUUUAAAGAUAUUUGAUUGCAGUCAGUUGGAAUGAAAUUAAAUGAACAAGUGUGAAUUAACCAUCAUAUUUAGGAUAGUGAAAAUGAUUUAAUAUAUGACUACGUAUGCAAGAGUAAGAUUCUAUAAUGAGCAAGACAUUUUGAUUUUUUCAUUAUUUCAUAUAAAGUGUUCAGAUAUUUUACAUGCUACUUCAUAGUUGUGUUGAGUUGCCAUGACAUUCUAUCAAAAAUCAUAUCAGUAAGUAGAUUCCACCAGAUGUACUAUAUAACUAUAGAAACAACAAUUAAAAUAAAAGAACACUGGCCAUUUUGUUUUGAUUUGUUUUAGAAUAUUUUGCUGAUGGUAAGGUUUUGUAAUAGAAUUUUGAGAUUUUUUCUGUAUAAUUUCAACAAGUCAUACCCAGAAAUAAUUGUCUCAUAUUGUAUCUUAAACAGUAAACAGAAAGUUUUUGUUUGAUGCAGAAUAACUUGAUCACUAUAACUUAUUUGCUAAUAUACCCAGUGCCUGAGUUUAGUUAUGCAUGUAUAUAUGUAUUGAUUUUAUGCAAGGUGUAUGGAUAUAUGUAUAUUUAAUGCACAUAUAUUAUACUCACUGUGAUACUUAGCUAUUAAAACAUGAUUUUGAUAUUCAAUAGAAAAAUCCUUAGUCUUAUGAUAUAUCACAAAGUCUUAUUUUGAUCACAUUUUCUGAUUACUGUGGAUAUUACUGUUAUACUUUUGUCACAAAUGCUUAACAGCUACUUUCCAUGUUGUUUUAAGCUACUGUGAAAGUUUUUAAAGCUAUAUCUGAUGAAAUAUUUUACCAAAGUUUAAAACAGUAAUAUUAUGUUGUUUUCAUAACCUUAAGUGCAAAGCCAAAGGUUCAAAUUUGCUAAAAGUUGAACAUUAAAAUCUUGAAUUCCAUUAACAUAUUUUGAUGAUCCUUGGUGUUAAAGGAAGACAACCCUGUUAUGGUGAUUUAAGACUGCUAAGUAUUUUCAAUCUGCAUAUAUGGCUUAUUUAUAUAUGGGAAUGAUACUUCGUUAUUAGAAAUAACACAUGUGUCAAUUUGACACCUGUCAGCUAUGUUAGCAGUGUUUGUUUUAAGAAAACAUUGUGCUGCAUUUUUUCUUGUGCCUUUAUUGAAGAAUGUUAAGAAACAAAUCCAAGAUUACCGACCAAAAAGAAGAAAAUAUCUUAAAUUUAAAUUUGAGACCAGUACAAAUGUAUCUAUUACAAAUAGCUCAUUAGCUAAUAUAUAAUCAUUUUAAAAUAAACAGCUUGCAAUUUUAGACGUUUAUUGACAAGGUUAUAAUUUAUCGAACAGUUCUUCUUUAACAAGAUGGCAUGUCUGUUGAUAUAAAGUCUUCUCAAUAGACAUUCUACUUUCACACCUUGUAAAAUGUACCGGGUAACCAAUAAAAUUCCAGGAUAUUCUCAACAUUAAUCAUUAUGGAUCCAGCCGUAUCAACUUAGUCUUGUUUUUAUUUCCCGCAAGUUCAGAAAAUUUGUAUCAAAUGCAUAUUGUACUCUAUCUUGCCACGUUUUCAUUUCCAAGUCCAUAUGUUCCAUAUCAAAUCCAUAUUGUCCUUGAUUACUGUAUCUAUUAUAAACACAAAGACACUGUUGAUUUUGUGUGUUUUCUUUAAUUUAAUGUGUUUUGGGGGUGUGUGGGAUAAAGAUAUAUUGUUCAAUACCAUUCUGAUUCUGUUGCACUUGAACAUGGCUGCAAGACCUUUAUUUAACUUGACUAGCACCUUGUCCAAUAUAGGUUUAACAUCUGUGUUCUCGUCCAAUAGAAUUGUACUCGACAAUCUAUUAUAACUUCAUAAUUAUAACAGGGACUUGUUUUUGUAAAAACAUCAUUUGAGUUUGUCUAUAUAUUUCAUUAUAUGUCCAAGGGUGUUUGACCAUGCUUAACAAAUUAAAAGAAACAACACAACCAGUUUUUGAUAAUUGAUAAACAAUGUGGGAAAGAAAAAUAAGAAUUGGAGAUGUAGUUUUAAGUGGUACAUGGUAAAGAUAUUUUGAUGAUGGCCUUAUUAAAUUUAGAUAAUGUUUUUUUGUUGAUGUUUUUUUGCUUAUUCAUGCCAUACUUCUUUAGCAAUGUGUUCAUUUUAUGUAUCUUUUAAUCUAUAUAAGGAGGAAUAUUAUUUUAGUAAUAUUUGCAUGGAUGAUUUUAGUCGCUAAAUUGUUAAUCAGCUUGUACUCUGUUUCAAUAAAUAAGAUUUUUUAUCAGUAUAUGUAGAUUUUGUUAGUUUAUUUGUAAUGCAUGCAGUAUCAGUGGGGUAUUAUGAUUUGAACUAAUCAAGAUACAGUCUUUGGUGUUUAAAAAAAAAGCAGCCUGCUAGUGAAAAUGCUUAACCUCAUAGUUGUUAAUAAGGAACAUGUUUCUUAAAGGUAAAAUUGUGAAAAAGCUUACAGAAGCAAAUGAUAUCUUCAAAAAUUGAGCAAAUUAAAUAUUCAAUGUGUAUUGCCAGUCCAGGUUUAAAGUCAUGUUAAGUCUUGAUCUUAAUGAUGAAAUGUUUUGCCGUUAUAUAAAAUCUUAAUGACUUAAAGAUUUUUAUCAAGAGUUACUGUACUCUUUAAGAAAUCAUUUUACCUCACCUAACAAAUGCUUAGAAAAUAUUCCUUGCAUGUUACUUAAAUGUGACUCUUAAAAGAGUCAUAAAUAAACUUUUCAAUUUAAGUUUAGUUUUAUUUUACAGCUUAAUUUUGCAUGUGAUACAUGAUUUAUGAAACUGCUGGGUGCCUUAUGCUAUAAUAUAUACUUCUUAUAAUCUGUAGAAUUUUCAACUUGGUUUAAGUCCAAAUACCAGAUACGUCACCAUCUUGUCAGGUACCUAGCUGUUUGACAUUUGAAUUUUUUUGUUUGUUUAAGCUUGAUUAUUCAAAGAAUAGGGAGGGAGAGCUAUUGUACUCAACCAAGUGUCAGAGUCAGCAUCACCGUUUGGUUAAGCUUUGUGGGCAAGUUGGUAUUGCCAAAGCCACUGAAAGGAAUGGGUUGAAACUUCACAUACUAAUUUGAAAGCAUAAUAGGUCACUGUCCAAGGAUUUUAACUCUAACAUGGAUUCUGACAGAAUUGUGGCCCUUUUUGAACUUAUUUUUUUUUUGCGUUAUCAAGGCUCUUGUUUCUAUCAAGCACUAAGAACAGUCAAGCAUACUGUCCUAUGGACAGCUCUUGCUGAUUUUGGUUAAAUUGGGUAAAAUUUAAAAAAUAUGUGCAAAUGAUAUUUUACCAGACAACUAUUUUUCUGCAUGCAAAGAAAGAAAGGAAAACAACAAGAUAAAGUGCUAUUUUAUGUUAAUAUAUGAAUGCUGUUAUUGAAUUAAUUUAUACUUUUUUCUACAUUUACAUGACAUCUGUGUAUGUCUAUUUUUGUUUAUCUUUCAUUUUCAAUAUUCAUGUUUAUAGUUGAGUCACUAAAUCGAAUAUUGUACUCUUGUAUUAAUUUGAUGAUAAUAAAUGAAUCUUUAAUGUA